AUGGCUUCAAUUGCUUGCUCGCUGCGCGCUGCCCGGCCUGUGGCCAUGCGCCUUGCGCCCCGUGCCGCUCAGAUGGUUCGGCUGUCGAUGCCUGUGAGGAGCUUCACCAGCUCCCGCAUGAGCCUUGCCCGCAAGUACACAAAGGACCAUGAGUGGAUCGACCUCUCCGCCGACCGCAAGACGGGCGUCAUCGGCGUCUCCGAGUACGCCGCCGAGCAGCUGGGCGACGUCGUCUACGUCGAGCUGCCCCCCGCGGGCGAAUGGACCGACCAGGGCGACUCCAUCGGCGCCGUCGAGUCCGUCAAGAGCGCCAGCGACAUCAACGCCCCCGUGCGCUGCAAGGUCACCCACACAAACGCCCUGCUGGAGGAGAAGCCCGCGACCAUCAACCAGGUGCCCGAGGACGACAGCGCUGGCGGCGGCUGGAUCGUAAAGGUCGAGGUUGACGAGGAGGGCGCCAAGCAGUUUGAUGAGCUGAUGGACGCUGAGGCGUACAAGGAGUUUACUGCCGAGUAA